AUGUCUAACCAAUCUGGUAUUUGUGCGAAUGAGGAGUUACUGAAUGUAAUUCGUAGCACACCAAAUAAUGGUUUACUUAUCAUUGCAGCCAAAAUCUCAUCAGAUUCUACUGCAGUGGAAUUUAAAGAGAAAUUCGACACUACAAAUGAUUUAUUAGAAAGUCUAGAUUCCGAUCCAUCAUAUAUUCUAAUUAAAGAUUCUAAAAAAAAUCCAGAAGUUUAUGAUUUCAUUUCUUUUGUUCCAGAUCCUGCUCCUGUUAGAGCUAAAAUGAUUUACGCCUCGACAAAGAAUACUCUUCUAAGACAGAUCGGGUCUAAUGUCAUCAAUAGCCAAAUGAUGUUUUCGGAACCUCAAGAAAUAACUGAUUUUGUCAAUUCUUCAACAACAACUUCUUCUCAAUCAACUUUGUUGAGUGAAUCAGAAAAAAUUGGUAUUCAAAUCAAUGAGGAACAACGUAAUAUGAGAGCAUUACAAGGUCAUCAACUAGUUUCUCAAAAUAAUGGAACUCCGAACUCUUUAACUUUUGAGGUUAACAGUAGUGCAGGGUCUAUUAAAUCUCUAUUGGAGUCCAACAAUGUAAUCACAUUCAAAAUCAAUAUGGAUAACGAAAAAGUUGAAGUUACAUCUCAAACAAACAUUACAAGCUCGGAUGCUAUAUCUUUAACAAGUGAACAUCCAAGUUAUACCAUCUUUAAAAAUGGGGAAUUGUACUAUUUUAUAUAUAGUUGUCCAUCAGGUAGUAAAGUAAAAGAACGUAUGUUGUAUGCGUCAAACAAACAAGGGUUUAUCAACCAUCUAAAGGAUAACGAAGGCAUUUCAUUUACCAAAAUAUUGGAGAUUGGUGAUGCUGACGAAUUAGAAAAAUCUUUGAUGUCAAGUUCUACUGAAGCAGAAUUAAAACAAAAGGAGGAAUCAUCUAAGUCAGAUAAUAAUACACAAAGAUUCAAUAGACCAAAGGGUCCAACCAGAAGAAAGAGAAUUUAA